UUUUAACAAUUCUAGAACCAAAAUAAAUAAAGAUGAAUUAUAAAUAAAACCUUCUGUUUACUAAAGAUGGAAGGAGAAUUUUCUUUGAAGCCAAGAUAUGUCCAGAAUAAAAAUAAAUCUUUCUAUUUAGUAAAACUAACUGAUUUUGCUCAAAAACUACUUGAAAAAUGCGUUUUGAAUGAAAAUGCUUUUCAACUAAAAAUUGCUAUCAAGACCAAUGAUAAUCAAGGAAUAAUAAAAGUGAUCAACAAAAAUGAAUCUGGAACACCGAAGAUUAAACUCAAUGCUCAAGCACUGAACGUUCCUCAUGACACUGGCAGCAAUGGGGUUGAUUUGAAUUUUAAUAUUCAAGAUUUGGUUAAUACAAAUGGGGGGGAAGGGUCAUUCGAAUGUGUCAAAUACAAAAAAAGAAAUUUUCAACCCCUCGGGAAGAUAAAGCAAAAAUUCAUAAUCAACGCCAACGAGGCAAUCUACCAAACCACGAAAGAAAAAAUGGCGAUAGCCGAGGAAAAAAACAAACAAAUCAGGGUCAAAGAAAUAAAAGUAGGAAAACAUAAUUUGCCCAUGAACAGGAAAAUGCUCAACAACAUUAGAGCUUCCUCUAUAUCUCCUUCCAUCGACAAAAUGAAAUCUUCCGCUGUCAAUUUCAACACAUCUCUCCUCAGCGGUAAUAGACCCACUCAGUCGUCCCGCUUUACCCCCACCAGCGUCAACGUCGAUCAAAGUGGUAAAAAGAUCCCACCGAAUACCGCAAGUUUGCAGAAGAUUGUAGCAAUUCCUCCAAAACAUCCCCCCAAUGAUAUAGCGAGAAUCAAGAGCACGGUAGUCUCGGCCAACAUCGGGGGAUCGAGCGCGGAUAAAAUUUCUCCCGCCGAAGGUCUCAAGAGCGGGAAAGGUCAUCAGAGUGAAGCCGAAAAACAACCCGCUAAAAUUGCGAGUACCAAUGACACACUUGUCAGCGGUAAAAGUGUGCUGGCCCCCAAUAGCGGUAUUAACGAGAAGCAAAGCGAAGACAACAGGCUUUUCAAUAAGAACACCAACUUGUUCAGGCCGAUCCCUUUCACAUUCGACCCGUCCAAUAAGCCCCAGUCCAAGAAUCACCGUUUGCCACGCGAUACUUUGACCCACAAUUCGCCGAUCCAGGAAAGCCUCCUUAAAGGUUUCAAGAGUUUGGAGAAGGUCGAGAAAGCUGUCCUAAGGGCCGAAGAAAAAAUCGAAAAAGUGGCGCUCAAAACCGACAAAGGCCAUGAUCCGGAUGGUAAAGAGGAGGAUAAAAUUGCUCCGGUGGACGGCGCGAAAUACUCCCUGAAGGACAUUAUAAUACACGCUUUAGCUCUCAAACCAUGCAAACGCGCCGAAAUUAUUCUCAAAAUCGAAAAAGAACACCCGGAUAUCAAGGCUCCUAGCAACGAAGUAACCGGAAUCCUGAAUUCCAUAGCCGUUUUCAAUAGCAAGGAAAACGCUUACGAUUUGGCCAGGCACGCUUUCGCCGACCUCAAACUAGAGUGCCCUCUUUACACACCAGCCGAAAUAUUGUUCGUUAAGCGAAAAAUUCCGCCCACCUCUAGUCCCAAGCCUCUGGACAAUGGUAAAACUCCGCCCCACUUGAAGCAGUCUAAAGCGCUCAACGUUCAAAAAGGUCACGAAAAAACGUCGCAUUCGACCGAGCCACCUUCCAAAAAGUCAAAAAUCAUGGAAAAAGUCGUGGAAAUUGUGCCGAUCCCCGAUUACGCGUCUCUAGAAGGAUGCCAAGAUUUUCUAAAGCAGUACACGCCUGUAAGUAGUCACGAUCAGCGACAGACCUAUAAAACCGACUUCGAUAAGGACUACACCGAAUACCUGGCUUUGCACAAACGGCUCAAGCACGCUUUCAGCAAGUUCGAAGCCAUGCACAAAAAGCUUCACACCUACGAUCACGAUAGCAAAGAUUACAAGGAAUACAAGAAAAAAUUUCUAACGGAAUAUCAUCAACUCGUCAAUGAACCCGAGAGCAGAGAGGGGUACAUCGCGAAACGGGCUCGAUUCGAUUAUUUGCACAGCAAGUUGGCCCACAUUAAAGGACUCGUUACGCGGUUCGACGGCCAAAGCCCUAAAAAUGAUUCGAAGAGAUGCAACGGCGGAAAUUGCGAAAACGCCAACAAAAUUAGCAAAAAUAAUAGAAAUCGCGAAUUUUCGACGUCGCUCUUGGAGACCUUAAGCGAAAAAAUGGCCAGCAAGACGGCCGGGAAUAAUAAAGGUAACACGCUUAUAGAGGCCUCUUGAUACAUUCGAUUAUAACAUUCGCUACGCUUAUUCAAAGUUAUCCAAUUGCGUUAUUUAAAAGGGGGAAUCUAUCCAUAUGGUAUAGGGAUUAACUUGGGCACAUAUAUUUUUAAAGAUACUUUUACCAAUAUAUAUAUGCUAAUUCACUCAGAAUUUGAUGAUUGAUAAUUAAUGGUGUUCGAUAAUUUUAUUAUACCUUUUUUAUUUGUUUAAAAUUUUAAAAGCAUUUUUUUUUCGUUAAAAAAAUAAUAUCAAAAUAAUUGCUCACCCCUUCAUAAAAACGAGUAUUUUUUUAUAUAUAAGUAGUUUAAACUAAAUUUAUGCCAUUCUUACCCUAAUUUACUAUAUGAUUCUUACCCAAAUUAAUUGCAAUCCUUAUCUAAUUUGUAUCAUUCGCCACCUAAUUGAUAUAGCUCUUUUACAUAAUUCCCGGGUUUAGUUGCACUAAAUCGAGAUUUCUUGCUAAAAUGUUAGGUAAUUUUUUAUGAAAAAUCCUACAUAUUUUUCGCAAAUUCUUAUUGCACUCACACAUUCAAAAAAAAUAUUCUAUUGACUUCACCUCCCCCAUCCCCCACGCCAUACCAAGAAAAAAAAUGUUCCUAAAAUUUUAUCCCAAAUAUUUUCAAUUUAAAAUUAGUUACAAUUUUUUUUGUUAUAGCACAAAUCGUAAAGUCUAACUAUGACUAGCAUUAUUAUCAAAAUAGCUUUUUUUUCCAAUAUAUUAUUCUUAUAGUAUCCAUAUCCUAUCUCUAAAAAAAUAAUGAUUAAAUAAUAUAUUUUUAUAAAGGUUUUAAAUUUAAAAAAAAAUGCAAUUAAU